GGAAGUUGAAUUCAGAUAUAUCAAAGAAUCCAUGGAAGAAGCCCUCACAAUGGCUAUAGAUGCUGAUCAGCAACAGAUUACCCCUGACACUCUUCCAUUUGCAAGAAGCUAUCAACUUGAAGCAUUGGACAAAGCAAUCCGUGAAAAUACUAUAGUGUACUUGGAGACUGGUUCGGGGAAAACUUUGAUAGCGAUAAUGCUUCUUCGUAGUUAUGCUUAUUAUCUGCGGAAGCCUUCUUCUUUCAUUGCAGUGUUCUUAGUUCCCAAAGUUGUCUUGGUCAAACAACAAGCUGAAGCCUUACAAAUGCACACGGAUUUAAGAGUGGGCAUGUAUUGGGGAGAGAUGGGUGUUGACUUCUGGAAUGGUACUAUAUGGCAACAAGAAACAGAUAAACACGAGGUGCUUGUCAUGACUCCUGCAAUAUUGCUUAUGAGCUUGAGGCAUGGCUUUCUCAAACUGGAAAUGAUAAAGGUUUUAAUAUUGGACGAAUGCCAUCAUGCUAGGGGUAAAGACCCUUACGCUUGCAUCAUGGCUGAGUUCUAUCAUCCCAAAUUAAAAUCUGGUAUCUCUGACCUCCCUCGAAUUUUUGGGAUGACUGCAUCUCCAGUUAAGUCAAAAGUUGGAAAUUCUGAAGGGACCUUGUCCAAAGAAAUUCAGAAACUAACCACUCUAUUGCAUUCAAAGGUAUAUACUUGUGUAAGUGAAGCUGUAAUUGCAGAGUUCAUACCAAUCUCGACCCCUAUAUUCAAGUUUUAUAAGGAUAGCGGGAUUCACUUUAUGUUAUUUGAAGAAUUAGCAGUUAAGCUCAAGAUGUUAAAAGAGCAGCAUGAACUCUCCCUCAGUUCAGAUUUCACAGAAUUAGCUGCUGAGUCUGCACGCAAAAGAAUAACAAAGAUUUUUUCUGGUUUAAUAUUUUGCUUGGAUGAGCUUGGUAUUUGGUUGGCUUUGAAGGCUGCAGAGUCCUUAUCUUCCAAUGAAAUUGAAUCAUUUUCAUGGGGUAAAUCUGGUGAUAAAGUUGUUAAAAAAUUUAGCUUGGCUACUGUGCGGACACUGACAUCUUACAUGCCAUCUGGUUGUCAGUGGUCUAUUGGUGACAACAUUAAAUCUGAUGUGGAUAUGGGGCUGUUAACCUCCAAAGUUUGUUGUCUUAUUGACUCUCUACUUCAGUACAGGGGUUUGACUGACAUGAGAUGCAUAGUUUUUGUGGAAAGGGUCCUUACAGCCAUUGUUCUUCAGGCUCUAUUGAAUGCCUUGCUUCCAAAAUACAAUGAUUGGAAGACUAAAUUCAUUGCAGGAUACAAUUUUGGAUUGCAAAAUCAAUCAAGGAAUAGGCAAAAUGAAAUUGUGGAAGAAUUUCGUGUGGGAUUGGUCAACAUCAUUGUAGCAACUUCGAUUCUUGAAGAGGGUUUAGAUGUUCAAAAUUGCAAUUUGGUCAUUAGAUUUGACCCAUCUCCCACGGUGUGUAGUUUCAUACAGUCGCGAGGCCGUGCCAGAAUGCAAAAUUCAGAUUACAUAUUAAUGGUUAAGAGUGGGGAUUCAGUUACACGUUCUCGACUAGAGAAAUUCCUUGCUAGUGGGGAUAUUAUGAGGAAGGAGUCCUUGCACCAUUCUUCCCUUCCGGGUGAUCCUUUUGAAAGUGAUGAAUUUAAUGAGGAAGCUUAUCGCGUUCCAAGCACUGGAGCCAUUGCCAAUCUUAGUUCUAGCAUUGGUUUGAUAUACUUGUAUUGCUCACGGCUCCCUGCAGAUGGGUACUUUAAACCAACUCCAAGGUGGGACAAAGUGUCUGGGACAUUAUAUCUUCCCAAGAGCUGCCCGCUACAGCCUAUUACUGUACAAGGUGACAAAAAAGUCUUAAAGAAUAUUGCAUGCCUUGAAGCAUGCAAACAACUUCAUAAAAUUGGAGCUUUGACGGAUAAUCUUGUUCCUGAUAUUGUCGUUGAAGAGAAAGAGGUGGAGGAAUUUGGGGAUGAACCUUACAAUGAGGAGCAACCAAGUUAUAUACCAUUUGAAUUGGUGAAUAGCUUGACAAACAAUAGUAAUGCAAUCUACUAUUGUUAUUUAAUGGAGUUAAAACAAAAUUUUAGCUAUCAUUCCUCUGUUCAAGACAUUUUUCUUGCAGUGAGAAGUGAGCUUGAUCCAGAAAUUGGAUGCAUGCAAUUUGAUAUGUGUUUUGACAGAGGUAGCUUGUCAGUAAACUUGAGAUACAAAGGAACCAUUAGUCUUUCCCCAGAUCAGGUUCUUUUGUGUAAAAGAUUUCAGGUUACCAUCCUUAGAAUUCUUGUAGACAAUAACAUGGAUAAGUUGGCAACUGCUGUGCCUGUAGACAAAUACUGUGAUCUUGAGAUUGAUUAUCUUCUGCUUCCAGCGAGAAGACAAGUUGUUGAUUGGUUAUGUAUUUCUUCUGUAAAUCCAUCUAAUUUCACAUGCGAUUAUCAUGCACGCAAUAUAUCGACAAAAAAUGGUCCUGUUUGUACUUGCGUACUGAAAAAUGCUUUGGUUUGUACUCCUCACAAUGGUAAUGUUUAUAUCACCACUGAUAUAAUGAAUUUGCAUGGAAACUCGCUUCUAGAACUAAGGCAUGGUGAACUUACUACAUACAAGAAGUACUUUGAAAAGAAGCAUGGUAUUCAAUUGCAAUUUGAACAUCAACUGCUACUUAAAGCAAGACACAUGUUUCAAGUUAAAAAUUACUGUAACGGGUGCAGACAAGCGAAUGAUAGAGAGGCAAGCAACAUCUUUGUUGAAUUACCUCCGGAACUGUGCUAUAUAAUUAUGUCACCAUUAUCGGAUAGUACCAUUUAUUCCUUCUCAUUUAUUCCAUCAAUCAUGCAUAGACUUGAGUCUUUGCUUGGAGCUUUCAAUCUAAAAAAGAUGCAUUUGGAUCGUUCCAUGCAAAAUGAGAUUCAAACAACAAAGGUCUUGGAAGCAAUUACUACAAAGAAAUGCAAAGAGACCUUUCAUUAUGAGUCUUUAGAGACUCUUGGUGAUUCUUUUUUAAAAUAUGUCAUCAGUCAACAACUUUUUAAAAUAUAUCAAAAUCACCAUGAAGGUCUCCUUAGUCUGAAGAGGGAAAAAAUAAUUUCUAAUGCUGCCCUCAGUAAGUUCGGGUGCAGUUGUGGACUUCCGGGCUUCAUACGAAAUGCGCCUUUUAAUCCAAAAACUUGGAUCAUUCCUGGUGAUAAAUCUGGAAGUUUUAAAUUAGAAGAGUUGGCUUCCAAAGAGACAAAAAUUUAUGUUGGGGAAAAAAGAAAAUUAAAACAGAAGAUUGUUGCUGAUGUUGUUGAGGCGCUAAUUGGUGCUUUCCUUAGCACUGGUGGUGAAAAAGCUGCAUUGUUGUUUAUGGAUUGGAUUGGUAUUAAAGUGAUUUUUAAUAUUAUACCUACUGAGAGGCACUUUAAUGUUAAUCCGAAGAAUCUGGUAAAUGUCAGCUUUCUAGAAUCUCUGUUAAAGUACUCAUUCCGUGACGGUUCUCUUUUAGUGGAAGCACUGACCCAUGGUUCUUACAUGCUGCCUGAAGUUCCUAGAUGUUAUCAGCGACUAGAAUUUCUUGGAGACUCAGUUUUGGAUUAUCUCAUUACGGUGCAUUUGUUCUAUAAAUAUCCGGGCUUGACACCUGGGCAGUUAACUGACAUGAGGGCAGCUUCUGUGAAUAAUGAUUGUUAUGCAUGGUCUGCCAUUAAGGCUGGGUUGCACAAACACGUACUCCAUGCCUCGCAGGAACUACAUAAGCAUAUUACUGUCACACUUAACCAUUUUGAAAAGUUUUCUUUGUCAUCAACUUUUGGAUGGGAGUCUGAGGCAUCAUUUCCCAAGGUACUCGGAGACAUUAUAGAGUCUCUGGCUGGGGCAAUUUUUGUUGAUUCAGGAUACAAUAAGGAGGUUGUGUGGCAAAGCAUAAAGCCUCUUUUGGAACCCCUUGUCACACCUUCAACCUUGAAGGCCCACCCAGUCAAAGAGCUAACCGAACUAUGCCAAAAAAAGAAUUAUAUUAUGGAAAAACCUAAGGUGUCUUGCAGUGAUGGUGUUACAACUUAUAGAAUCGAGGUACAAGCUAACGGGGUCUUACACAAGUAUGAGUAUAGUGGUUCUGCUGAUAAGAAAACAGCUAAGAAGAUAGCCUGCAAAGAAAUUUUGAAGUCCUUGCGGUAAACACAAUGCCCAAUUACUGACUUUCCGGCCCAAUUACUGAUUUUGUCCAAGCAAAGAAUAGAAAGAAAAAAGAACAAAGAAUUGGGCUGGAACCUUUACAACAUAAAUCAAAAGAGCCUAGAGCAAAAAAGAAAAAGAAAAGAAUAAAGGAAAAAAAGAAAGAAUGGGCCGAUCCUUUGAGAAGGCUGAUCAGAAGCCCAACUUGAAGAAAAGCAAAGCAAAGAAGGAAAGAAAAAAAAGAGAGACUCAGAAAUGCAAAAAAACCAAAAGAGGCAAAACGUGCAAACCUUAACACCUACCGUGUGCACAAAAUCUCUACCAUCUAAUCCUUAUCCCACACCAUCCCUCUUGACUAAUCUUUCUACAAUCGAACCCCCAAGCUAGACCGUCCCUUGUUUGCGGUCGAAAACCAUCAAACCUUAGCCUCACCCACGGUUCAUUGAGAACCAAACCAACCCACACUUGCAAAGAGACAAAAUCCUAGCUGUCAUCGGUAUGAAGGACGAGCAUGUGUGGAGCGGAUUAAGGGUGCUGAUCUCUUGGUGAGGCACAUGAAAAGGAAGACUAAUCAAGUUAUGAAAAGAGAGAGACACGUGGAUUCUGAUCUAAGGGCUCAUGUCGCUGCUGCUUGCAAGUAGUAGAAGAUAUAAAGAAGCUAUGGGUAAAAGCUUGAGGAGGCGGCUUCUUCCUCUUUUUCAUUUCUCUUUUUCCAUUUUUUCUUUUACGCUUCUGGUACUGUAAAUAGAUGUUAUUUUGUUUUGAUUAGAACCUGUCAGUACAGUACCAAGACUAUUCUGGUGAAUAGGACUCGAAUUGUGUUUUACGUUUUCUGCAAUUUAUUUUUCCUUUAAUUUUCGUUUCAUUUGUUGUUUGUAUGCUCAUCAACCUGUGGUGAUGAGCUAAUUUUUCUAGAGUUCGGUUGAAAGAGUACCCGGAACU